UCGGAAUUAUAAGUGCAAUACUUGCGAGUACCUUUUAGUCAUUGGAUCUAUAGUGUAAACGACGCCUUUGUACGAGUGUUGUUGUUUUGUACACAAUAUUACAGUUUUAUCUACGAAUUCCAUCAGACUGGUUGUGUUUGUUGAGAUCAAACAAUUUAUCAAGUAAAAGUAACUGCGAAUGUACACAUGUUUGGAGGUUUAAUCUAAACCUUAAUACGCCCAUUGUCGUAAACACUACAAUAAUUUAAAAAUUUAAUAUGGCAGAAAAAAUUAAUCCAACAAUAAUUUGGAAAAAACAUGAAUUUGAAGACGAAAUUGGAUAUGAUAAAUUUAAGAAAAGUAAAACAUGGGAAGGAAAUUUUUAUUUUGUGGUUGGAAGCGAUCCUCAGCUAGGGUAUAUUUGGCCACCUAAAGAUCGCGAAGCUACCGACUGGCAAGAAGAACUGGAUAGAUGCAUAGAAACAGUGGAAAAAAUCAAUGCCCUAACUCCUAGACCUCAAUUUUUGGUGAUUUGUGGUGAUAUGGUAAACGCCAUGCCGACCGAGCAAGAUAAAUUGAAUGAACUUCAAGUUAAUGAUUUUAAAAGAGUUUUUAGCAAGUUACACCCAUCCAUUUCUCUUGUAUGUUUAUGUGGUAAUCACGACAUAGGAAAUACACCAGAUGAAAAAUCUAUUAAGAAGUAUCGUGAAGAAUUUGGCCAAGACUUUUAUUCUUUUUGGUGUGGUGGUAUUCGAUUUUUAGUUAUAAAUUCUCAAUUUUAUAAAGAACACGAUGCUGAAAAAAUAGCUAAACAACAAGAACAGUGGUUGGAAGAUCAGCUUAUAAAGUACAAGGGGCAAAGAAUUAUUAUAUUUCAACAUAUUCCAUGGUUUUUAGAUGAUAUAAAUGAAGACGAUCAAUAUUUUAACAUAAAAAAAGAGUUGAGAAUAGAAAUGAUAGAAAAAUUAUUUGACGCUGGCGUGUCUCAUAUAUUUUAUGGUCACUGUCAUAAAAAUAACACAGGAUUUUAUAAAAACUUAGAAAUGAUCACUACUAAUGCUAUUGGCAACCCAUUAGGAGAUGAACCACCAGGUUUAAGAAUAGUUAGAGUAUAUAAAGAUAAUAUAACACAUACUUAUUAUCCUUUUGAAAAAUUUCCAUGUUCAGUAAAUAUUUAAUUUUAAGUGAUUCAUAAAAGUGUAAUUUAUUAUGAAUGUUAAAUACUUUAUUUUUAAAAUUAUAAUAGCUUUCAUUUAA